AUGCACUCCUCACCUUCUCCCAGACCGUGCAAGCGUCAACGCAUGAUGGUGACUCCCCCAUCGACUAUCCACGACUCAGAGUCGACAUCCAUCCUUGAUCGCGCCACUCGAGUCCUGUCCAUCGAAGCGACCGCCCUAUCACAUGUCACAAGGUUGUACCAGACAGAUCCCCAUGCCAGAGAGGGACUGCUCCGAGCAGUGGAAUGCAUCACCAGAUCACAAGUUGCCGGAGGAAAGGUGAUUGUUUGUGGUGUUGGCAAGAGCGGUCUUGUCGGCAGAAAGACUGUCGCAACGUUGAAGAGUCUGAGCAUUGCAGCCAGCUUCAUGCAUGCUGCCGAGGCCGCACAUGGUGAUCUUGGCGAUAUCCGCGAGCACGAUGUCUUAUUCUUCAUCUCAUACAGCGGCAAGACCCCCGAGCUGCUCAACCUUCUUCCUCACCUUCCUCGCCAACUCCAGAUCGUAGCCCUGACGUCGCAAUCGAAAGCAUCCGAAUGCCCCCUCCUGAAAGAGCAUGAGAAUGGAAUUCUGCUUCCAGCACCCCUGUUUGAGCUGGAAGAAGUAUCGUUCGGCGUAUCGGCACCAACCACAUCCACAACAGUGCAGAUUGCUAUCGGCGACAUGCUAGCGCUCACUGUCGCAGACCAGCUGCAUGAGAACAAGGGCAAGACCUUCAAAAGGAACCACCCUGGAGGUGCCAUUGGAGCAGUGACCAGAGAAUCCGUAAAGACCAUAGCCGAUGCUUGUCAACAGCCUGUGACGCCUCUCGAGAUUGUUCCUCUCGAGCUACCAUCUCCGAGUCUCUCUGCGCAGAGCGAUCUCUGA